UGGACGCAGGGCGUGCUGCGCUCUGACGCAGGGCAAGGUGGCGGCGCCCCUGUGGGCUUCCACUCUCUCGGUUGUUUCGGGUUCUCUGUCCGCCCCUCGGCAUGCUCCUUCUCCGAGCCCGUGGCCGCUGGGCCGCGGCGUCCCUCGGCAAAUGCCUGCCCUCGUGUCGCCUCCGCAGCGACAGCGCCGCUCCGUGCAGCGCGCACUUCGAUGUGGUCGUGAUCGGAGGGGGGCACGCGGGCACCGAGGCGGCCGCCGCCGCUGCUCGCUGUGGCUCGCGGACUCUGCUCCUCACACACCGCGUGGACACGAUCGGUCAGAUGUCCUGUAAUCCUUCCUUUGGUGGCAUCGGAAAGGGGCAUUUGAUGAGGGAAGUAGAUGCCUUGGAUGGCUUGUGUUCGCGGAUCUGUGACCAGUCUGGUAUACAUUACAAAGUAUUAAACCGGCGAAAGGGCCCUGCUGUGUGGGGGCUGAGAGCGCAAAUUGAUCGGAAGCUUUAUAAACAGAACAUGCAGAAGGAAAUCCUGAAUACGCCCCUGCUCACUGUUCAGGAGGGAGCUGUAGAAGAUCUAGUUCUCACAGAAGCAGAGCCUGGAUACGCUGGGAAGUGCAGGGUCAGCGGUGUUAUUUUGGCAGAUGGAAGUACAGUUUAUGCAGAGAGUGUAAUUCUGACAACGGGGACAUUUCUGAGAGGCAUGGUCAUAAUUGGAUUGGAGAUGCAUCCUGCAGGACGUUUGGGGGAUCAACCCUCAAUAGGGUUGGCUCAGACUCUGGAGAAGUUGGGGUUUGUGGUAGGAAGACUGAAGACUGGGACUCCACCCCGACUUGCCAAAGAUUCCAUUAAUUUCAACAUUCUAAACAAGCACACACCAGAUAAUCCAUCCAUCCCAUUCAGCUUUCUAAACGAAACAGUGUGGAUCAAGCCAGAAGAUCAACUGCCAUGUUACUUGACUCAUACCAACCCCAGAGUGGAUGAGAUUGUCCUUGAGAACCUGCACCUGAACAGUCACGUUAAGGAAACUACAAGAGGACCCCGAUACUGUCCCUCCAUUGAAUCUAAGGUUUUACGUUUUCCAAACCGUGUUCAUCAGGUUUGGUUGGAACCGGAAGGAAUGGAUUCUGACCUUAUCUACCCGCAAGGGUUAUCUGUUACACUGCCAGCUGAGUUACAAGAGAAAAUGAUAGCGUGCAUCAGAGGCCUGGAGAAAGCCAAAAUGGUUCAUCCAGGCUAUGGUGUUCAGUAUGAUUAUUUAGAUCCCCGCCAGAUCAGUCCUUCUCUUGAGACGCAUUUGGUUCAGCGGUUAUUCUUUGCUGGGCAGAUAAAUGGAACCACUGGCUAUGAGGAAGCUGCAGCUCAGGGUGUGAUAGCUGGAAUCAACGCCAGUCUUCGGGUCAGUCGAAAACCACCCUUUAUUGUAAGUCGUACAGAAGGCUACAUAGGAGUCUUAAUUGAUGACCUCACCACACUGGGCACCAGCGAACCAUACCGCAUGUUUACCAGCAGGGUAGAGUUCCGGUUGUCACUGCGUCCGGAUAAUGCUGACAUGCGCCUCACUUUCAGAGCCCAUAAGGACGCUGGCUGUGUGUCCCCACAGCGAUAUGAAAGAGCUUCCUGGAUGAAGUCGUCUUUAGAAGAAGGCAUGUCUGUGUUGAAAUCCAUUGAGUUUUCAAGCUCCAAGUGGAAAAAGUUAAUUCCACAAGCUCCUAUAAGUAUUAAUAGAAGCCCUCCUGUCAGUGCUCUAGACGUUCUUAAGUAUGAAGGAGUUGACAUGGAGUUGCUGGCCAGUGCUGUUCCCGAGCCCCUGAAGAAGUAUACUGCUUACAGAGAGCUGGCUAGAAGACUGAAAAUAGAAGCUACUUAUGAGUCAGUAUUAUUGUAUCAACUACAAGAAAUAAAGGAGGUUCAGCGAGAUGAAGCUUUCCAACUGCCACAAGACUUAGAUUAUCUAACAAUCAAGGAUGUGUCGUUGUCCCAAGAAGUUCGAGAGAAGCUGCACUUGAGUCGCCCACAGACAAUUGGGGCUGCUAGUCGUAUACCUGGAGUGACACCAGCUGCCAUCGUCAAUCUGCUCAGAUUUGUGAAGACCGCUCAGCAGAGACAGGCAGCAGUGACAGAACACCAAACCAAUUAGUACUUAAUGUGAUACAAAGAAACUUCCAGACAGAAUUGUAACUUUCAUUUCAUAGAGGACUUUUAGAAAGAGGAUUUAGAGAGUAUAAAAGGAGAUAAAAAUAAUACCUGUGAGAAUAGCAUUGUUAGAUUUAGAUUUGUCCUUAUAAGACAAAGGUUGUAUUUAUAAGACAGUUGUACUUUUUUUUAUGUAUGUAGGCAAAAUACUUCAAAACAUCAGUAGGUCAUAUAGCAUUCAUCAAAGGGUAAUAAUUAAGCCAAAACUAAACCUGAAACUGAGUGUUGAUACAGAUUUUAAGCAAUCCCAUCUGUUAAGAGAUUGAAGCUGGGCUGGGCAGUGGUGAUGCACACCUUUAAUCCCUGAACUCGGGACGCAGAGAAACCCUGUCUCCAGACCUGGUCUCUAAGAGCCACGUCCAGAGCCUAUGCCCUUUGGGAAAAAAUUUUUCAGUUUGUAGAUUUUCUACUCUUAAGCCCAUAUGUAAAGUUAAUUUGCUAUUUUUUACUCAUAAAGCACCCCACACCACAGACUUAGUCUUGUAUGCUUACUGUGGUUAGCAAACGGUGAUUCAAGUCCUAAACUAGGAUGAAAAAUGAAGACUGAACUGGGCAGUGGUGGCACACACCUUCAAUCCCAGCACUGGAAAGCAGAUGGAUCUCUGAGUUCAAGGCCAGCCUGGUCUACAGAACGGGUUCCAGUACAGCCAAGUCUACACAAAGAAACCUGUUUCAAAAAACUCAAAAAAAAAAGAAAAAAUGAAGACUACAAAACCACCCCGAUUCACUCAGCUGUUUUUCCUCUUUUGAGAACAGUUUUCAGCUGGUGUGCUAUUACAGCAUUAUACACCUAUACUGGGAUAGGCAGGGGAGAACAGGAGAAAUGGGUCAACGGGUAAGUGCAAUGGCUGCUUUUUCAGAGGACAGGGAUCAAGACGGGAUCCACACCUGGCCUUCAUGGCCAUGUGAUACACAGGCAUACAUGUAGGCCAAACACCCAUAUGCAUAAUACUUUUCUUUUUAAUUUUAGCUUGACAGAGGUAGCAGGAAGCUCAGAAAUUCAGCUAUCAUCAGUUUGAGGCUAAUCUGGACUACAUGAGACUCUGCCUCAGGGGUGUGGGUGGGUGAGGGCUGGAUGCCCAUGCAGUUUCUAAUUCUGGAAUUAAUUGUGUAGGUUAAAAGCUGACCCAGGACAUUUAAAUCUUAGAUUUCAGUACUUUGGAAAUUUUCAGUCAUUAGUUUUGAACAUUAGUGGAAGUACUAUAAAACAAACACAAACUUAUUUUGUAAGCUGGUUAAAGGAGGUUAAAGGUGGUCAUAUUUCAUGCAAUAAAAAUGUUUGCUGAUCCAACUGACCUGGCCAUGAUUUAACAUUAAUAAAGCAAUCUAUAAUUACUGAUGAAUCGUGUCUAGUAAUGCCAUAUCCUUUCUUUACUGGUACAGGGAUGGUAUGUGCUGCAUUGGGGUGACCAAUGUGGGUCCCUUGACUAGCCUUUAUGAGUAGACUAAGGGAUGAAUAUAACUAAAUGGGCCAGAGGGUUCUGGUUUUUUUGGGGGGGUGGGGGG